CACGAAACAACACAAACCCAUUCUCCAACACAACACAAAAUACAUUUCACACAAAAACCAAUGGAAACCGCCACAACACUCACCGGCCUGCUCCGCCACGUGGCCACCAAAUUCCCCUCCCGCCGCGCCCUCUCCGUCGCCGCUAAAUUCGACCUCACCCACUCCCACCUCCACCAUCUCUCCGAAUCCGCCGCCGCCCGCCUUGUCGCCGCCGGAAUAAAACCCGGCGACGUCGUGGCCCUCACCUUCCCAAACACCGUCGAGUUUGUUGUCAUGUUCCUAGCCGUCAUUCGAGCGCGAGCCACAGCCGCGCCGCUUAAUUCGGCUUACACAGCCGAAGAGUUCGAGUUUUACCUAUCCGACUCCGAAUCCAAGCUUCUGAUUACGUCAUCAGAAGGAAACAACGCGGCUCAAUCCGCAGCUUCCAAACUCAACAUCCCUCACGGCGCGGCUUCUAUCACCCAAGCCGAGAAUCAAGAACCCGCGCUGAGCCUCUCGUUAACCCAACCCGAGUCAACCGACUCGGUUGAGUCACUCAUUAACGACCCUGCUGACGUGGCGCUUUUCCUUCACACCUCGGGAACCACGAGCCGUCCUAAGGGAGUUCCGCUGACUCAGCACAACUUGCUCUCUUCCGUCAACAACAUUAAGUCCGUGUACCGACUCACUGAGUCCGACUCGACGGUCGUCGUUCUUCCGCUUUUCCACGUGCACGGGCUGAUCGCCGCGCUGCUCAGCUCCCUCGGCGCCGGCGCGGCGGUGGCGCUCCCGGCGGCGGGGAGGUUCUCCGCCUCGGCGUUCUGGAAGGACAUGGUGAAGUACAACGCCACGUGGUACACCGCGGUUCCCACCAUACACCAGAUUAUACUCGACCGCCACUCGAACAACCCCGAACCGGUUUACCCGCGGCUCCGGUUCAUCCGAAGCUGCAGCGCGUCGCUCGCACCGGCUAUUCUGGGUAAGCUGGAGGAGGCGUUCGAGGCGCCGGUGCUGGAGGCUUAUGCGAUGACGGAAGCGUCGCAUCUGAUGGCCUCGAAUCCUCUGCCGCAAGAUGGGCCGCACAAGGCCGGGUCCGUUGGGAGGCCCGUGGGCCAGGAGAUGGUUAUUUUGGACCAAACGGGUCGGGUCCUGGAGGCUGAAGUUAGCGGCGAAGUUUGCAUUCGGGGCCCCAAUGUUACGAAGGGUUAUAAAAACAACGUGGAAGCCAAUACGGCGGCGUUUCUCUUUGGUUGGUUUCACACCGGCGAUGUUGGGUAUUUGGAUUCCGAUGGAUAUUUGCAUCUCGUGGGUCGGAUCAAGGAACUCAUCAACCGUGGAGGUGAAAAGAUAUCACCAAUAGAAGUGGAUGCUGUCCUUCUUUCACAUCCAGACAUUGCUCAAGCGGUUGCUUUCGGAGUGCCUGAUCCCAAGUAUGGGGAGGAGAUACAUUGUGCUGUCAUUCCAAGAGAAGGAUCAAACGUUGAUGAAACAGAGGUGCUAAGAUAUAGCAAGAAGAAUCUUGCAUCUUUCAAAGUUCCCAAAAAGGUCUUUAUUACCGAUUCUUUGCCCAAAACUGCCACAGGAAAGAUUUUGCGUCGUCUUGUGGCAGAACAUUUCGUUUCUCAAAUUUGAGCAAUUUAAGUUCCUACCUUUGAAGCCUCCAUAUCUGGUGUCGUCAAUACAUACUUGGAAUCUCGAUGGUCCACACCAUAAAUUUAACAAUAAUUUGGCAACAUGGCAUUGAGAAGAGGAGGGUAUUUCUGCAAAUUAAUAGUCUUUCAUACAUGAUACAGUAGAUCUUAGUUUUCAAUGAUUCUUAUGAAAUGUUCACAAUGUAAUGUUUUCAAUGUUAUAUAGAUAUUAAAUAAUUGCUCAAUCCAUUUUUGUCUA